AGUGCUGUGUAAUGCUUGCAGAUUGCACGUGUUGAAACUGAACUGAGUUGAAUUUUGUUUUCGUUGAAAUCAGCAAUUUGUUGCGCCAUGGCUGCGCAGGACUCGACGAUGAAAAGAAAGCAUAUUUCGAAGAAAAACAAAUCUGCCUGGCGCAAAACAGACAUCGAAGAUGUCGAACAGUUUCUAGAGGAUCAACGCCAGGAGGAGCGCGUUGGCACCUUCACAGACAAACAAAAUGAGGAUCUGUUCAUGGUGGAUUCCUCGCCGGAAAAAAGUGCUCCCAGCGUGCAGACAGUCAAGCAGAAGCGCAAACUGAACGCGCUCAAGCCCAUGCGCAGUCACCAGGCGCUGGAGAACACAUCCAAGGUGCAGGAUCCCAUUGUCAAGCGCAAUCAUGUGCGACCCAUGAAAAAUGGACGGAAUAUCGAGCUAGAGGUGUGCAGUCCGACCAAGGGGCGUCAUCGCCAGGCUAACCGAGAUCGGGGUCUCUACUACGAGAAGUUGGAUCAACGUUUGGCAGCGCGAGAGAGCGGAAAGAAGACCAGCAAAAUUGACAAGGACAUUUGGCAGGAGGAGGACUUUCGCGACAAUAUACCCGGCCUCAAGGACAAGAAGGGAUGGAUCAGUCGCGAUCUGGCCGUGCACAUUGCGGGCAACGUGGGCCGCAAGGUGGUCAAAACGCACGCCAGCCUGCACCACAAAACCACCAAGGCCAAAAAGUUUGAAGCGCCGCAUCCUGGCAUGAGCUACAAUCCAUCGCUGAAGGCGCAUCUGGAUUUGCUGGCGCAGGUUGUUGAUCGCGAGGAGGGCAUUAUCAAGAAGGAGCAGCAUCUCAAGCGUGUGACCACCAGCAUGUUUAGCAAGGUGACGCCCGAGGAGCGCGACAGCCGUCGCCUCCAAGAAAUGAGCGAGGGCAUCAAGGCGGAUGGUGACCCUCAAUCGGAGACCGAUAAUGAUGAGGAUGACGAUCGAGCGCAGCUGGCGGCCACCGAUAAUGCCUAUCAGCCGAUUAAUGCGCCCGUGGAGAACAAGAAGAAGAGCAAACAGGCGCGCAGCAAAGAACUCAAGCAAAAGGAGCUGCAACGCCUGCAUGAGGCCAAGAAAGCGCUCAAAAAACAAACUGCCGACCUGAUUAGAAUCAAAUCGAUACGCGCCGAGCUGAACGAGGAAGCCGCCGAGCUGAAUGAGGUGAAGAAGCGCCGCAAAUCGAAGGCGGAGCGCAAAAAGUUUGAGACAAAGCGUCUGGGUCGGCACAAGUUUGAGGCGCCCGAUCUGGACGUGAACAUGGCCGACGAUCUGGCCGGCAAUCUGCGCAACGUUAAGCCAGAGAGUAACCUGCUCACAGAUCGUUUCAAGCUGAUGCAGAAGCACAACAUGCUGCCCACCACUGUGGCCGUCACCCGCAAGCGCUCCAAGGUGAAGCGUUUUCCGCGCAACUCUCACAAAGACCCCGGCGUCAGUUUUCAGGAUUUGCGCGAUCAACGCAAAGCGGCCGCUGCGGCGGCAAAGGCCAAUAAGGACACCAUCAAAAUUUAGUCUAUUUCAAAAUUCCCCCUUUUCGUUUUAUUCAAAAACAAAUACAUAAGAUAUUUCUACAUAUAUA